CUGGACACUACGGGACAAUUUAGCAAGGCCAGGAACAUGGAAUUGAGGUUGAAAUUGGCCACGUUCCUAGAUCCAAUAUGGCAGAGCUGUGCUGAGAGGCUGGCUCCCACAGGUGUUGGCGAGGGUUGUGGAGGGGAAUGUCUUGGGUCAGCUGCUUGACGUGGAGGUCAGGGAAAGGGCAAAGCAGUGAGGAGGUUUGUGGCAUGGCCUCCCGGACAGGUUCCAACUUGGGUUGGAGGGCAGAACGCCAAAUGAAACUUGACACAGCAGGACAUGCGAGCAGUCGUGCUGGAGUUGAAGGAGCGUGGUGGAGGAGCAGAGACCGAGAGAGGAACUUGUUUUUCAAAGAGUGAACCAUUCAAGAUGUAACUCCUGCCUCCCGCUGGUCUAGCUUUCCCUGCUAGGGCCGGCUCUCCCUGAGGGAAGUGUGGCUCACUCCUCAAGGUCAAAGGCUGCUCUCUUCCCACGGCUUACAAGCUCUCCCUUCACUCACCCCCUCCCCCCACGGGACGUGCUGUGAAGAGACGGAGACCAGAUGUGUGUGGCCAGGCAUGGAAUCUCUGGAAUUCUCUGUCCCUCUGCUCAACUCUGCAACUUCCCAGCACCCGGCCAGACACACGGUUCGGAACGGCACCGGAAUCAUUCCAGAACAUUCUCCAUCUGCUCGGAGACAAGACUCUUCCUAUGAUCCUUUGCAGCACCCACUCCGCACCCCCGCCAACCCCCACUCCAUCUCUCGUCAGUCAAUUUUUCAGGCGUUGUUCAGAAAUUGUGUGCUCUGACCUGUUGUGGGGACCGAACUGUAGCCAGAGGUGUGAGUGUCGGAAUGGCGGACAGUGUGACCCCCUAACUGGCCAUUGUUCCUGCACCCCUGGCUACACUGGCCUGCUGUGUGAAGGAUCCUGCCGCCCGGGGACCUAUGGGCAGGGCUGCUUGAGGCAGUGCCGGUGUCAGAACAGGGCACGGUGCGACUCGGUCACUGGAGCUUGCGACUGCAUCAAUGGGACGACCGGCGGACUCUGUGAGCACCACUGCCCAGAAUCGGAAGGCGAGAGGAAGUGUGGUCCUCCGUGUCCGUGUCAAAAUGGCGGCAGCUGUCAGUCUGGGGGAGGCCCGUGCCUCUGUCCCGCAGGCUGGACGGGAGCGGUAUGCACUCUGCCCUGUCCCCAUGAUCGGUUCGGGGUGAACUGCAGCCAACACUGUCACUGCCACAAUGGGGGGCAGUGCGAUCCCAUCACCGGGAAAUGCAGCUGUGCUGUCGGCUACACCGGAGUGAGGUGCCAGGAAGACUGCCCCUUCGGGAGGUACGGCCCGAACUGCUCGCGCACCUGCGACUGCCUGAACCAGGCCAAGUGCAUGCCCGAUGGUGCUUGCCUGUGCGAGUCUGGGUACCAGGGCGGGCGCUGCGAGUCGCGGCUCUGUCAGGAUUGGCUCUUUGGCCACCAGUGCGACCGGCAGUGCGCCUGCCACCUCACGCACACUCAGAGCUGCCACCCGAUGUCAGGGGAGUGUAGCUGCCAACCGGGCUGGUCAGGCCCCCUGUGCAACCAGAGCUGCCCCCAGGGCACGUACGGAGCCGGAUGCCUGUCCCGGUGCCUGUGCCUGAAUGGGGGGAGCUGCGAGCCGGAGAGCGGCCGCUGUCUCUGUGCUCCGGGCUUCACGGACAAACACUGCUCCGCCCUGUGCCCAGCCUGGAGUUAUGGUCUGAACUGUUCUUCCCGAUGCCAGUGUGUGAAUGCCAUCUUCUGUUCGGCCAUCGAUGGCUCCUGCCAGUGUGAAACGGGGUGGACGGGCUCAGACUGCAGUGUUCCAUGUCCAGACGGCCAGUGGGGGCCGGGCUGUAACAGCACGUGCCAGUGCGCCAAUGGAGCCCGUUGUAAUCGCUUUAACGGCACCUGCACCUGCCUCCCAGGCUGGCAAGGCCGACAGUGUGACCAACCCUGCCCGGAACAUCGGUAUGGACAGGACUGCAGUGGAUACUGUGACUGUGAACAUGCACUGUGGUGCCACCCUAGCACAGGGAAGUGUCACUGUGCCCCAGGAUGGACAGGUCGCCGUUGUGAUCGGACCUGUGACCCGGGCCGCUGGGGCCAGAACUGUGCCUUGUGGUGUCGCUGCCUGAACGGGGUUCCCCACUGCCACCCGGAGAACGGUACCUGUCUGUGCCCCCCGGGGUACAUGGGCCCAAGCUGUGGACACUCCUGCCCACCUGGCUCCUGGGGCCCUAACUGUAUUCACCGGUGUGCCUGCGAGAAUGGGGGGACCUGUCUCCCAUCGACAGGCAGCUGCCAGUGUGCCCAGGGUUGGACUGGCACCUACUGCACUCAGAGGAACGGAUCGACAGGAAUUUCCCCAGCUCCCCCUGCGGAUGGGGGCUCACUCGGGGCGAUUACAGGCAUCAUUGUCCUUCUCUCUGUGCUAGUCAUCCUGCUUGCAGCCUUCAUCUGCUUCCGGUACAAGUACAGGGGCAAAAGCAACCGGAUACCCGCCGUGACCUACACCCCAGCUACCAGCGUCUCCAACGGGGAAUACGCAGUGCCAGGUGAGGGGGGAGGGCAUACCUGGUGAUGAAAAACCCUGGGC